UUGGCGCCCCAUUAGCAACGCGACUCCCGUCAACUUCCACGUUGCCGAGUUGACGAUUGCGACUCGGCGACUCAGAAACUCGGCGACUUCUCGACUCGUCGCUCUCCACGAGCUCUCUCGUCCUGCCCGCGGUCGUGGCAAUGGCCACCCUGGACUUUAAGAUGGUUGUCGACCAGGCGUGCCGCGCUGCCGAGGAGUUUGUGAGCAUCUACUACGAGACGAUCGACAAGCGGAGACACGUGCUCACGAAGCUCUACCUGGAGACCGCCACCCUCGUCUGGAACGGCACGGCCGUCACGGGGCUGGAGGGGCUCGCAAAGUUCUUUGAGCAGCUGCCUUCCAGCGAGCACCAGGCGACCGUGCUCGACUGCCAGCCAGUUCCCGAGGCCGCGUCGCAGGGCCGCACCACGGUGCUGGUGGUGACGAGCGGCACGGUGAAGUUCGACGGCAACCGGCAGCGCUACUUCAGCCAGAACUUCCUGCUCACGGCGCAAGGGACCGGCGCUGGCACCGUGUGGAAGGUGGCGAGCGACUGUUUCCGCUUCCAAGACUGAACGCCGCGCCCACCCCCCCCCCCCCGUGACUUUGGACCGAGUUUGAGGUUGUGGCAGCAGCAACAGGAACAGCAGAAGCGGCAGCAAGAGGAACGGCAACAGCAGCAGAGGCAGCAACAGCAGUAGCAGCAGCAACAGCAGCAGUAGCAGCAGUAGCAACAAGAACGGCAGGAGCAGCAGCAACAACAACAACAACAGCAGCAGCAACAGUAGCAGUAACAACAGCAACAGGAGCGGCAGAUGCAGCAGCAACAGCAGCAGUAGCAGCAGGGGGCGGCAGCAACAGUAGUUCACCGAUUGGCCGAGCUGCACCGCUGCCGUUUCCUGUAUUGCGUGCUGGUGUCACCUGCUUGACCCGCUGCCCCGACUGGACACCAUCUGUGAAAGAGCUUCAUGGCUCAUCGGAUUCCUCCAGGAUAAAUGAAAGAUUCUGAUUCUAACAUUGGAGGAGAAAUAUAUUGCGUGAUCCGAGCACAAACGUUUUAGCAUUGAGCGGAGUCAAAUGUUAACGCAUUCUAAAGCAACGGCAGCAUCAUCAUCACAGCAGCAGCAAGUCUUAGCAUCAUGUGGUAGUAGGAGCGGCAAUAGAUGCAGUAGCAACAACGGUAACAGCUGCAGCUGAUGUUCCUGUAUUUCUUACAUAUUUUAUUCAGGCGUUGUAUUUGUUUAAAUCUCGGUGGCAGUGAUUAUUUACCGACAAUGGUUUUUGUGUGUAUCGCUUUAAAGCCACCGCAAAUAUUUAUUUUUGCCUCCAAAAUGUUAAUUGUGUACAAGCGUUUAACAUUUUAGCUUCGAACACUGUUUGCCAUUGCCGUGGUUGUAGAAGCGGAAAAAAAAUAUAUUUUGUAAUUUUGUAAUACCUUGAAAUGAAAAUAAACCGAGGUUUUCCCGAA